CAAUAUUGUAGAAUCGGAGUUCUUGUUUCUGUAUCGUCCAGGAAGAAAGUUUCCUCAGCAGUCGGAGCUCAGUCCCAGCAAACAGUCCGUCUCCUAGCGACACUUCACUGCCGACCAAUCCCGGCUCCCCUCUGACAUUCCGCAAUGUAAAGCCCCAUUGUGGAGGUGACAGGCCCGUCACACGUGUUCAUUCACACCCAGAUCUGCGACUUCUCCGUACACAUCGCACGGCAACACAAGAACUACAUGUAGCUGUCUUGAUGGUCUUCAGCCUGAAAAGACCCCCGAGAUUUGAUAAGUCGGAGGAAGACGGCGUUAGGGGUGCUGGCCACCGGGAUGAAGCUCUGAGGACAAAACAUCUACAUUGCUGAGAGUCUCCUCCUGGACAUCUGAGGUUGUCUCUUCUUCAUAGGAAAAGUCAUUCUGGGUACAAGGCUGUGAUUGUGACAAAACCUUUAGGAGACAUGAAAGAUAAAAGCGACUGGAAAAUGCAGACUUUCCAUGACCUGCAAUGGACGGGAGUCCGGAGACCCCAGACAGCCAGAUGGAGGAUCCCCAAAUCCGAUUCCAGGAGAGAGAAGUACAGCAAGUCAGCCCAGGAGCCCCUCUGUUCCUAUGAAGCUCAGUCUCUGGGAUUUUCCUCCAGCACGGCGUUCUCCUUUGAAAGCAUCAUCUCCUCUCAGGUCACCGACUUGCAGUCCUCCGGCGGAUCGCACCACGGAUAUUGUAAAAACGGGGGACUCCCGAUGGACCGGAAGCUCCCUCACAUUCACAGCUCCGCCGAUCCCAACAGAAGCAGCAUUUGGGACGGCUCCUCGCCGAUUCUCCAUCACAUCGGAACUCAGAGCCCUCAGACAUACCUCACCUCCGUAGAGAUAAAGGCGCCAUGGUAUAUAUCGGUGCUCCACGAGAAGGAGCGAUGUCUUCUAAAGUUGGGAGAAGAGAUCAAUCGUCUCUCCAGGUUCGAGGUGGAGACGAAGCGGAAGGAUCAGAUCAUUUCAACUCUCAGAAUCGAGAUCUCCGAACUUCAGAGCGACCUCCAGCACCUGAGCCGCCCCCCACAUACCGGCAGAGAGGAGGACAGUUCUUGGGUGGAGCGGUUGGAUGAUGGAAGCCUCCAUAGUACAAACGGAUUCCCUGAAUUCGAGGAAUGCCCCCCCACUCGGGAUGUGACGCGGGAAGUUCUGAAUUCACCAACAAGUCCCCGGGAUCCGUUCAGAAACUUGGAGAGAAAUGUCUCCACCAUAUCCUUGGCUGGGAGCUUCUCUGAGCUACAGAGAGAGCUGCAGAGCCCUCAGAUGGGGGGCGAGCAGAUCUUACAUGACGAUGAGAUUGCGGCACACACAUUAGAUGGAGAGAAAACAGCGGAACCAGAGAAGGAGGAGGAGGAUGAGGAUGAGGAGGAGGAGGAGGAUGUUGGAUCUGUGGAUGAUUCCCAGGAACAAAUUCCGGAAGUACAGAAACUUCAGGAGGAAUUGGAGGUCAUCAGGAAGGAUUAUAACAUUUCACAAGGCGUCAUUUCCUCUCUGCAGAGAACAAUCUCCUCCCACCAAUCAAAACUCAGAAAAUGCGAGUCUGAGAAAGAAGAUUUACAGAGAACGCUGCUAGAGAGAGGAGCGCAGCUGCAGGCCAUGUCCAGCAAGUUUUCCAGCAUGCGGGAGGAAAGGAAACACGAAGAGGUGAUGGCGGCGAUGGAGAAGGAGAACUAUGACCUGAGAGAGCUGGUGUCUGAGAUGAGAUCGGAGGUGAGCCGGAGGAACGAUCUGAUUGGUGAGCUGAAGAGCGACGCCCAGAGGCUGCAGAGGGAGGUCCUGGAGGUCCAGAGCCAAGUGAGGAAAAAGGAAGGAGAGAAGAACCGGAUAGAGAGCAAAGCCGGGGAGCUGGCGACCUCCGAGCAACGCGCCCGGGUGACCCUGGAGGCAUUACAGUCCAGGUUUGAGAGAUUCCGCAGCAAAAUCAUACAAGCCGCCUACACAGCGCCGGGGUUCAGGGGCCCGCAGGUGGAGGUCCCCGAUAAUGACAUCCUGGAAACCAUGCAGAAAAUAAUCGCAGAGCGCUCGGAUUUUCACCAGCAGCUCAAGCAGAAAGGAGUGAAAGUUCCGCCAUUGCACCAAUCAGAGACCUCCCACCCCGCCGCCAAACACCCCUCCUCCAGGAAGAAAGCACAAUGAAGGAGAUCCUCGGGGGCGUGUGAUCACAUGACCGACAAUGGACACUCCUCCUUCCUACCACUAUAAGUGCCUGUGCUGCUCGCAGCAACCAAUCAGCUUCUUCCUUUCCUAAAGUACAUUUCUGGUAUCCAGGUGAUUAAUUGGUGAGCACAGGAACCGCCCAUUGUAAUGACGCUAUAUUGUCAAAAGUAUUGGAACGCCGGCCUUUACACGCACCGGUAGCAAAUCAUGGAAAGGCGGGCGAUUCCUAUUGGUUGUGGAAGUACAAAUCCCAGCAUGCCUCCGGAGAAGUUCCAUGUGAUGAUGUCACCCGUCCCGAUGUGACGUCAUUUGUACAUUUGUAAAAAUAAAUAGAAAUAAAAUAAUUUGAUGAA